CUGCCCAACAGACCAAGUAGUAGUCAUCUCCGUCUAUCUCCAUCUCUAGAGAUGGCUAUGAUGUACACUGCUACAAGACUGCCUCAUAGCACCAUCACCAGCGUCCCCCCCAUGAUCCCAUUCCAAAGUCCACCAUCUCACCUUUGCUUCUCACACUCCCCCAUGACCCAUCAACCCAGCUUGCUUUUUUCCACCACCAACACCAGACCCUUUUCACUUCGACCUCCAAGAAAGUUGCUUUGCACGCCCCCUAAGGGAAAGUAUGUUAGAGAAGACUAUCUUGUGAAGAAGAUGUCAGCCAAAGAGGUUCAAGAGCUGGUAAAGGAAGAAAGAACUGUACCCCUUAUUAUCGAUUUCUAUGCAACUUGGUGUGGCCCCUGUAUUUUAAUGGCUCAAGAACUUGAAAUGCUUGCUGUGGAAUAUGAGAGCAAUGCAUUGAUUAUCAAGGUUGACACAGAUGAUGAGUACGAGUUUGCACGCGAUAUGCAAGUUCGAGGACUGCCAACAUUAUAUUUCAUCAGUCCAGAUCCAACUAAGAAUGCAAUCCGAACUGAAGGGCUCAUCCCAAUACAGAUGAUGCGUGAUAUCAUCGAUAAUGAAAUGUGAAGAGGAAGUUCAUUUCCCCUGCCACACAGAUGAGGGAACUCUGUUCUAACUGAUGUAUCAUAUAUUGAUGCAAUUCAGGGGACUUUCUCAACUCAAACUACUGCUUUGGAGUCACCAAUUUUGUAGCUCUUGUACUAUUUAUGUGAAUAAUUGGAAUGGUAGGGACCCCUUGGACGCAAGGCUAUGUGCAUUUGAACUUAAAUGGGCCUCUCUGGUAUCAAAAAUGGAAGUGAUCUUUCAAACAUAUGAUUUCAUUUUUUGAAGUAGAGAACGAUGAAUACCAUACAAGUUUUAGAUAGA